AGGCACGCGGAGACGCUACAGGCCCUGCGCGGACACAUAGAGGAGCGACAGCAGGAGACGGAGGGACAGGGGGCACUCAUGCAGGGAAAGCUUUCAGAGAUGGUGGACGAGGUGAGCGGGAAGAUUGUUUCGAAGGAAAUGAAGAUGCGGGAGGAGGCUCUACAGAGGUUCCUGGCAAUCGAGAAGCGUAUGCGAGCUCUGGAAUGUGGACAGAUGGCUUUUGAGAAAGGCCUUCGGCAAGACAACGAGAAGCGGCUGACGGCACUGCAGCGGCUGCACCAGCAGGAGCUGACGGCUCUUCGUGAUCUGCAGAAGGUGGAGAGCAACAGCAUCAUGCAACAGUACCGCAAGAUGGAUGAAGACGUCGCACGACUGGCGAGCAACCUUGACCGAAGCCGACACGAGCUGAGAAAAGUCGUCAAGGCAGAGAUAAUGAAAAGAGAUUCUCAAGUUAAAGAGCUGCAGAAGAAAACCAAUGAGUUGAAGGAACAUCUUCAAGUUGCGAUAACAGCCCUGCAGCAGGCGAUAAGUGGGACUCAGCAGAAAAUAGGCCAAGAGACAGAACGUCUCGCCGCCACGAUGAGACGCGACGUGCACGACUCGACUGGCAGGAGCUCUCGGGUCCUGGCAGACGUCGACUCCCGGCUCGUCGCCCUCGCCGUGAGGGCUGCCGAGCACGAGGAGAGGUUUGAACAAAUCGCCGAGGAACGCAUCGAAGAGGUCAAGGACCUGCGCAACAGCCUCGUGCGGCUGCAGGGAGAGGUGAGGACUUUGCUCCGGUCAGAGUGGACAGAAACGAACGUGCGGAGACGCAGCUUCGUUAAAAGAGGCGGCUUUGCAACGAGCUCACCGCUCAACCACUGGGGUCUCUACCAAGCUGUCAGGUGGCUGCAAUUGAAGCAAAAGCUGUUAAACCACCGAAGAAAGGCGUCCCCCAACCACCGCGUUGAUCCCACAUCAAUCCGCAUCCACGUACGCUAAGGCGCUGCUUUGUUGCUCAUUAAGGUACUCAAACUGUCCUCCAUAAUCUACACAGAAUUUGCAGCAUUUUGUCAGUCCCUUGUUGGAUAAAGGCCUUGGCAUUCCGUGUCCAUCACGAGUGUUAUUUUUUUACCUUCGCCGCGCUGGUUACUGUGCGGAUUGGUGAGGGGGGGCAGGCGCGGCAGGACCGGUUCAGGUAUAACUUGCCACUGAUGUUAGCCGUGGCCGGCAAUGGUUGUGAGAUGUUAACUACCUCGCUUGGUAUACAGGAUGUCGUGGGUUCUAUCCCAACCCUGACGCCUGUAUAUUUGGAGUUUGCAAGUUCUCAACAUGCGUUUAGAGUAUUUUGCUGCUGUAAAUGUCCACGUGAUAAGCCACUUCGUUGAGUUGUCAUUUGUGGCCAGGUCGCUUCUGAAAAAGAGCUAUUUAGCUCAGUGGGCCUUACCUGGUAAAAAUAAAAAAUAAAGUAUACAGCAGUAGUAUUUUAAACUUAUUUCGCAACCAACCGUGUUAAUUGGAGGUGCGAGUAACAACUCAAGUCACCAGGUUCAUAUAAUUUGUUUAAAAUUGCGUUUUGCGUUUAGUUUGUUGUCCUUCCCCCACACCUCCAAUUAACACGGUUGGCAUCGUUCGGUGCAAACGAAGUUCAACAUACAUGCAUACAUAUCGCAGUGAGUGUAUGACUCUGCCUCUGCUCCCCUCCCAACUCUACCACAGAUGUCUUAUCCUACGAUGAUUCAACAAAUGAAUUACAAGUUGAUAAUUUUAGCAGAAAUAAUCUAUAUAUAUAAAAUCGUGAAUCUGUCUGUCUGUGUGUCUCCGGACCAUACGCACUUUCAUUGGACGGCGGUUGCCCCUGGCAACGGCUAGCGACGCCUUCGCCGCUUUCAUUGGACCUGGCAACGGCUAGCGACGCCUUCGCCAAGGGCUGCAGUUUCAUUGGGCGGCGGUUGCCCCUGCCAACCGCUAGCCACGCCUUCGCCACUUUCAUAAGCUCCGUAAAUAAUUAAAUAAUAGGCAUUACACAGUAUUGUUGGAGCGCUGAGGGGGGGGGAAGGCACGCCACCCGUACCCUGCCUCUUCCAAGUCGACAAUUUUAGGCGAGGCCGCAGGCUUUGCACGCUACUAGGCCCCGACACCCACCACGCCACUCUGAGGUAAAUUCAUCAAAGUUUUUCCUACUCUUCACUACACCCCCACCACAAUGUGUGCUAUUAAUAUUACUUUUAAACCCAACGCGCCAACAAUCGAUUAUUUUAAUGUCCACUGUACAAAUACUCAUUAAGCUGGGUGAGCGUACUGACAGUCUAUUAUGUACACUGUAGCCUGCUUAUUAAGCUCUGUGAGCGUACUGCCACUCUAUCAUGUAGACUCUAGCCUGCUUAUGAAGCUGAGUGGGUGUACUGGCAGUCUAUAAUGUAGACUGUAGCCUGGUUAUUAUAAUCGAUUCUUUAAAUGUUCUUUGUACAAAUUGUCAUUAAGCUGCUUUAGCGUACUGCCCGUCUAUUAUGUAGACUGCAGCCUGCUUAUUCAGCUGGCUGGGUGUACUGCCAGUCUAUCAUGUACACAUUAGCCUGGUAGGAAGUAAAGUUAGUCAAUUUGUAACACGUACGCUUUCGCAAACAUUAUUAAUAAACAACGUUAUUGCGUUUAGAUCGCCUUAUUUAUUAAGGUGUUGUCACCCUUAUCCACCACCCGACAAGCCCAAUCUGCACAAAAUUGUCACGUUCAUAAAAUACUAAGACUUGACUGCUUUAGCCCACCGGUGUGUUCAAGCGGAAAACCACAACAAUUACCAUUUCUCAUGAAAAAACUAUUGUAUAAUUAUGUUUAAACCCCACGCGCCAAUAAUGCAUUUGUUUAAAUGUUCACUCAACAAAUACUCAUUAAGCUGGCUGAGCGUACUGCCACUCUAGAAUGUACAGUGUAGCCUGGUUAUAUUUCUGGGUGGCUGUACUGACAGUCUAUCAUGUACACAUUAGCCUGCUUCUUAAGUAAAGUGAGUCUUUUUGUAACACGUACGCUUUCGCAACCAUUCUUCACAAAUAACUUUAUUGCCUUUCGCUCGCGUUAAUUAUUAAUGUGUUGUAACCCUCCACCACCCCACACGGCCAAUCAGUCAAAAAGUGUCCCGUUGAUAAAACACUCAUAAGUCUCUGCUUUGGCCCACCGGUGUGUACAAGCGUAAAACCACAACAAUUCCCAUUUCAGAGUACGUCCUUUCGCUGAUGCUGGAUGCAAUUACCAGCCAAACGUCGUACUGUUCAGUUGUCUGUCCAUCUGUGUACGAUCGCUUGCGAGGGAUUUGCCGGGAGGCACGUCCCGUGCCCCGCGAUGGGAAUAGGCAUGUCACUGUGUAUGUGUUUGUGUGUAUGUAUGUGUGUUUGUGUGUAUGUGUGUGUCUGCGUGUGUGUAUGUGUGUGUCUGCGUGUAUGUGUGUGUGUGUGUCUGCAGCAAGCGCGUGUAUGUGUACCUAUGGACGCGCGCGCGUGUGUUGUGUAGGGGGAACGGUAGUGUAGUGGUUAGCGUGCUGUCUGUGUGUGUGUCUGUGUGUGUGUGUCUGUGUGUGUGUCUGUGUGUGUGCGUGUGUGGUGUGUGGGGAGCGGUAGUGUAGUGGUUAGCGUGCUGUCUGUGUCUGUGUGUGUGUGUCUGUGUGUGUGUCUGUGUGUGUGCGUGUGUGGUGUGUGGGGAGCGGUAGUGUAGUGGUUAGCGUGCUGUCUGUGUGUCUCUGUGUGUGUCUGUCUGUGUGUGUCUGCGUGUGUCUGUGUGUGUGUCUGUGCGUGUGUGGUGUGUGAGGAGCAGUGGGUGUAGUGCUUAACGCUACGCUGCGCUACCAACCCGGCGAACCCAGUUCGAUUCCCGCUCACGGCCACCACCGGUGACGAUUAUUUGAACCUCCCCUAGGUCGACUCUGCCUCAAACGAGUAACUGCUGUGGCGUAUUAACAUCGCCACUGGGGAGACAAAGGCGGCCGGCCGUGGUGGAUACAAGUCCCGGGCGAAGCCGGGUAGUACAGCUAGUUAUGGAUAAAAACAUAUUUGGCCAAAAGUAAAAUGAUGAAUUGUUUAAUGUCCUGAAUCAUUUCGCUAGAGAUUGGUGAAUGAAAAAAUAUAUUGCAAUUGAAUACAGUACUAUUUGCUUCACGAAUAACACCGGUUUGUUUCUUGUAUACUCGUGUAAUUGAAUAAACUGUUCAACAGUAAAGUACAAGUAUUGACUCCGAAAUGUGUCCUUGCAUAAACACGUGUGCGAAUCAGACUUCCUAUGGCUGCAAUCAGACUUCGUAUGGCUUCAUCCAAGCAACAUCCAAUUUUUUGUCAAAUUUUUAAUUAUUUCUAUCUUACCAGGUAAGGCCAUUGAAGUAUAUAGCUCUUUUCAGAAGCGACCUGGCCACAAAUGAUAGCUCAACGAAGUGGCUCAUCGUGUGGAAAUGCAUUGUAGCCAAACACUCUAAAUGCACGACUCUAAAUGUGGAGGGA